CAAUCGUGCAGGUUCUGAGCUCCGUUCAGCAAGCCAAUCUAGUACUACUCGUUCUCUAAUGAAUGCCCCAUCAUCGUUGUUCUUUGUCGCGGCUUGGGGAUGAGGAAGAUGUGAGAUGUGGAAGGCGCGAGAUUUGGAACAUGCCAGACAUAGAGUAGGCGAGGUAAGGAAAGUGUCGUUCGACCGGUGUACAUGAGCGAGGCGCCCAGCACUGCGUAGGUGUACGAAGGUAAUGGAGACUGGCUCAAAAUCUUUGAGGAGAGCACUUGCAACUCUUCUGGCGACUUUGGGAGGGAUGCUUGGUGCACCUGGGAUGGGAACAAGAAUUAGUUCACUGUUCCCACCGGUACUCUAAUGGCGAGUAUCUGAUUCGCAGUGAGCACAUUGGUGUACACGGCGCUCAUGAUGGCCAGGCUAAGAUCUACUACUUGUAAGUAUUGCCGCUUCACCCCUUCAUAUCGAUUCCUUUCCUCACACAGAUCAGCUGCGCUCAAGUCAAGGUCACCGGUGGCACCGACACUGCGCUUCCCACCGAUACAAUCAAGUUCUCAGGCGGCUACAAGAAGGACGACCCCGUCGUUCAACUUCAGCAUCUACGGCGGAUUCAAAAAGUACCCCAUGCCCGGCCCGGCUGUUUGGGAGGCUCAGUUUCCACUGGCGGCUCAGGCAACGCCAGCUCUGCCAGCGAGUUUACUGUUCCUUCCUCCGAGAGCGAGAACGUUGUCGCUCAUGACGAUAGCAACUGCGAGAGCAAGAAGGUCACACGUGGCCGUCGCGCUUUCUGCGAGUCGAUUCGCUAGGAGUAGGCUUUUCCAAGUCGAGCGCAUAAUUGUGAGCCGGUUGAUCUCUUUUGAAAUUGGACAGGCGGUUUGUUCGCAGUUGAAGUUUUUCUCUUCUUACACUAUUUUGGCACUUUGCUCACUUGAGCACCUCUUGUACACAGUUUAGAAUGCUAGACAUUCACGCACAAGUGCAGUCCGCGGGCUUUUUUGAUGCUGCAGCAAUGCUUGUGUAUUAGAAUGUGUGUGUGCAGGAACGAGAGAGAUUGGUGCGGAAGGAAGCGGCUUUCGUAGCG